UUUGUUCUACAGUUUCAAAGAUGGCGGCCCUGUCGCAGUUGCUUUUCUUUGCCAAACAAUACUAAGAAAAUUGAUAUAACCGACUAUUUUUACCCUAUUAUAAAGAAAUUCAGGCAGAUCUUAUCGAUAUAUUUAAAUGUAUCUGUACUAGUCGUUUUGAUAAUGUGAUAAUAAGUAUACCCAUGGCUUCCAAUUCGCAAGAUUCACCUGUUCAGCAGCGUUUUGUGGAGGAGAUAGAUUACAGUGAAAUACAGGAAAUAGCGAUUGUAGGUAAGGGUGCAUUUGGAGUAGUUUGGAAAGGCCUAUGGCGUGACACAUUUGUGGCAGUGAAGCACAUCAAUUCUGAAGCAGAGAGGCGGGAGUUUGCCAUUGAAGUUCGACAGUUGUCUCGUGUUUCUCACCCGAACAUAGUUAGACUGUAUGGAGCUUGUACCCAGCGUGAACAUGUCUGCCUAGUGAUGGAAUAUGCAGAAGGAGGCUCUUUGUACAAUGUACUACAUAAUCGCCCCAAACCUAAGUACACUGCAGCUCAUGCUAUGAGUUGGGCCCGUCAGUGUGCUGAAGGUGUAGCAUACCUUCAUGCCAUGAAGCCAAAACCGCUAAUACACAGGGAUUUAAAACCACCAAACUUGCUUUUAGUAGGAGGUGGACAAAGGCUCAAAAUAUGUGAUUUUGGCACUGCAGUUGAUAAAGCUACAUACAUGUCUAAUAAUAAAGGAAGUGCAGCUUGGAUGGCCCCAGAGGUAUUUGAAGGUUCAUGCUACACGGAAAAGUGUGAUGUUUUCUCCUGGGGCAUCAUACUUUGGGAGGUUCUUUCAAGGAGGAAGCCAUUUGACGAAGGUGGCUCAGCAUUCAGGAUAAUGUGGGCAGUUCAUACCGGUCGAAGGCCUAAUUUGAUAGAAGGUUGUCCAAAGCCGAUAGAAAAGUUGAUGACACAAUGCUGGCACAAAGUUCCUUCAGAGAGACCCAGUAUGGCAGAGGUGGUAGAGAUGAUGUCGUCGCUGUGUGAGUUUUUCCCCGGCGCGGAGCUCGCCAUAGACUACAACGACUGCGAGGAGGAGUCCCCCGCCGAGGACGAGUAUCUCAGCGAGCGACACUCCGACACUGAGGUAUUCUCCGACUCCGAAACCUCCGCGCCCAGAGACACUGACCGGCCGCGCAGCUUCGUCGGCACGCAGGUCACCAAGCUGCAGAACUGGAUGGCCGCUGAAGCGCAUCCCAAAACGUCAGCUUUACCCAGGGAGGACACCGACGGAUACAACAGGAUAGGGCCCGUGAGGAUCCCGCAACAGUUCCGAACCCCCGUCACCAUCUACCGGGCCUCGAGCUCGCCCGCGCCCGACAGGUGCCCCAGUGAGAGCAGCACUCCCCAAGAUAGCCUCCUCGCUGUCCGAAGCCCUAUAUUCAGUGAAACUUCGUCCCCGAAAAGGCUGUCCCCUAUCGCUAACUACAACAUCGGGAACAUGAACCCGAGGCAUAUGGAUAUAGAGCAGUAUUGGAACAGAGAAAACGAUAUGUUGUCUCCGGGCCGAGGCUCCUCGGUGACCAGCAAUUCGAACUCUUUGAGGAAGGAGGACUAUAAUCAGAACUAUUGUGAUAGACUGAGCGCGGGCGGCAGUCCGAUGACUCCGAUGAAGGAAUACAAUGGAAACUCUCUACAGAGACAGAAUAUACAAAAACCUUUAGAAAUAGAAGUGGAUCCCAAUGCAUGGGAGCUUCAAGAUCCCAACAUUUAUGGAGAACUAUUGGGAGUCAGAAAUACAGCCGGUUUUGAUAAAUUCUACCCGUUAGACAGUAGCGGAGCCGAGCAGACGAGCGGCGCUGCGACGCCGCAGCCGGACCCCGCGCUGGACUCCAUGCACCUGAUGCUGGACCCGCACCUGCGGCCGCUGUCGCCGGACCCCGCCAGCGACGAGUCCAAGCGCAUCUACCAGGAGCACAAGCAGAUGGCGCCAGAGUAUCUACGGGUGCAGACAGAAUUGGCGUACAAGAGUAAGCAAAAGUCAGAAUUAGAAGCACAAAUGGAUGAGGAAGAGUUACGGCAAAAGCGAGAGAUUAUACAAUUAGAGAACGAGAAGGAAUCGUUAAUAAAAUUAUACUGCAGUUUAAAGAAGCAGUUGGCGAGGGUGGAAAAUGAAAGUUGGCUGCUCCCUGAGGACCUCCCGCACGAGUGAUGACCCCUACGUCCACUAAAAUCCAUCUUGGAGAUCCAUUAAUGGACACGGCCGGACCAAUGUGGCUUUCUGAUCCCUUUCUCAACUACUUUAUACUUUAUAUCGGUAUUUAGCUAAGGAAUCCAUACACAGUCCGUUUUUUCUAACGAGUCCUAACAUGUAAACAAUCUUCACAGUAGUGUUAAAUUUUGUUGAAAAUAAACAAAAUAUACAUUUACAGUUCAAACCUGUACGUUUCAAAAUAUCACAUUCGCCGCGGAAGUAAUUUCUUAAAAAGUCUAUUUUAAUUAAUAUUACUGUGGAAUCAUAAAAAGACAUGCUAAGAUAGUUUACAAAUAAAACUUGUACUUAAAAACGAACUUUAGAUGGAGCAGAGACGCAUGGUUGCCGUUUGACAUAAGCAUAGGACUUAAGCUCCUUCGCUCACUGGUACACACCGAAUGGAAUUUAAGAUAUUUUGGUAUGUUAUGCAAAAAGAUACUCACUUUGAUUUUGACACGGAAGUUUUUUUUUUUUCAUAUUGUGAUACAGAUUUAAUUGCAACAGAAAUUUAAAAUGGACAUAUUGCUAUAACAAACACUUUUUACAGCGAGAGAAUAUUAUAAAAUAUUUUUUCAGUGAAACAGAAAGCCACUAAGUCUGAUCAUAGCGGACAGUAACGGAGGCGAGCGACUUACGUAUAUUGAUCUCAGUCACACCAAAUGAGCCUUCCAUCGAAGCCAUGCCCGAAUUAUUUCUAUUGUAUGUUUUGUCUCACAUAACUGUAGCAUUUGCAGUGUUUUAACCUCUACCUUAGUGUUCAUAUCAUUUAAUUUUAUUAACAAGCCGAUCGUUACCACUCUUUACACGUAAUUAUCAUGAUUUUGUAAUGAAAGACUUGAAUUAGUAACUUUGAAUUACAAGGUAACUUUUAUCAAUUUUAUUUACCAAUUAUACUAUUAUACCCACCCUUGAUAUAAUCGUACUAAAUACGAAUUUAUGUAUUAAUAUCGUUUUAUUAGCAGGGACCCGAAAAACUUUCUCUAGAUCGAGUAAAAUUUCGUAGCUCCUGCCAUAAUUACCGGGUAUACCUGUGUCAUCGUUACCAUAAAAACGAGAUCAUCACAUUUGUUUUUAACUCAAUAAGUCAUCACAUUUGUUUUUAACUCAGUAAGUUAUAAGAGUGAGUUCCCGGUUCCUGUUUAAUAUGUUGUUGUAAAAGCACGUUUUAGUGCUUAUAUUGUGAUUGUGAAUAGGAAAAAUGUACAUCAAAUGAUACAAAUUGUAAUAUCAUUGUAAUAAACAUUUUCUACUUUUGUAAGUAAUCAUUUUUGUGUGUAUGCAUUUGUUUCUUUGUAUAAAUGUACAAUAGCAUUAGUGAUAGAUAAGUGUAAAAUGUUAAGUUUAAUAAAUAUUAAAGAUUUA